AUGUUCACAGAUGUCUCAGGAUUUACGAAUCUGACCGAGAGUCUUUCGAAAUUGGGAAACGAAGGACCAGAAUUAACUGCCUUUGUAAUUAAUAGAUAUAUGGAAUUACUAGUGAAAGCGAUAAGUUAAAGUGGAGGUGACAUAUUGAAAUUCGCAGGAGAUGCCAUGAUUGUUGUGUGGCCUCCUUCAUACAAAACAGAUAUUGUACAGGUGCAUGAAGAUCUAAGACUAACUUGUAGAAUGGCACUUUAAAAUGCAUUGGAUAUCUAAAACAAGUUAAAUGAUACAUGCAUAUUACCAGAUUUGAAAUUAUCAGUCAAGAUUGGAUUUGGAAUUGGGGAUAUCAACAUAAUCUAUGUAGGAGGAGUCUACAAUCGAUCAGAAUAUCUGGCCACAGGAGAACCAUUGUUGUAAGCAUUCUAAAGUGAACAUUGCGCUACCAAAGGAGGAGAAACCAUAAUAUCGAAGGAAGUCUAUGAAUUUGUAAAGGAUUACUUCACAUUCGAAACUAUCAACCAUGACAAUAAACAGUUUUAUCUGGUGAAGAAAUUGAAUGCAUACAGUAAAGUUAAAUUGAAGGCCGAGGCGACUCUCAUCAAAAAUUCAAUAAUUUUGAAUCCCAAAAUUUUGUAAUAAUUAGCGAUGUUUGUCCCUGCAGCACUCAAACCAUAUAUGGAGAUAGGAUUAGAGAGAUGGGGCAGUGAAUUAAGAAGAGUGACUACUAUGUUCAUCAAUUUGAGUAUAGAUUUAUCAGAUGCUAAAACAGAUUCAGGACUACAGAGAAUACAAAACGUAAUUAGAACUGUUCAGUAUUGUGUCUAUACCUUUGAAGGUUCUCUAAAUAAAUUAUUGAUGGAUGAUAAAGGUUCCACUUGCAUUGCAGUAUUUGGAUUACCACCUGUAAGUCAUCAAAAUGAUCCAGUGAGAGCCAUUUAAUCAGCAUUUCUAUUAGAGUCAGAAUUGAAAAAGAUCAAGUGCAAGGUUGCAAUUGGAAUAUCAACAGGAAUAGCCUACUGUGGAGUCGUAGGAACCUCUGGGAGUAGAAGAGAAUAUUCAGUGUUAGGGGAUUGUGUUAAUUUGGCUGCGAGAUUGAUGUAAAUUGCAACCUAGCCAUUUUCACCUUGCAUCCUAAUAGAUUAGUAAAGUGCAAGCGAUGCCUAGACCAAGAUCCAAUCCAUCUUUUGGAGUGAAAGGAAAGUUAAGGGAAAGGAAAAAGGAGUAUUGAUAUACGAGCCCUUGUGUCUAUAAGAGGAUUUUAAGAAAAUAAAAGAUAUCAAUACUCAUCUUGAAUUUAGAGUGAUGAAUACUCAAUCUAUGGGAAGUGUAACCAAUCUCAAUACUAUCGUAUCCUCGAAAUCUCUCUAAUGUCACAAUAAUCUAUCAUCAACUAUCGUAUUUGAUAAAUACCAUAUUAAUUGUAGAGAAUAUGAUGAGGAACUCUAACCAGUUGGUAGAAAACAAGAGAUCAAUUAGAUAAAGGAUUUUAUUCAAAAAUUUUUAGAUGAAUUCAAAAAAAACAAAUAUGUUCAAAAUAGAUUAGUGUUGAUUCAAGGUGAGUAUGGUAUUGGCAAAUCAUUUUUGGCUAAAACUGUGCUUAAAAAUAUUGAGUCUUUAUAAAAUAAAGAAGCCCUUUUGGAGAUUAUGAUAUCUUCCUUAAAUCCAUCUAGCAGAUCAAAAUUAUUGAACUCUAUUAGAAUUUUCUUAAGAAAUAUUUUUCUAUCGUAUGCAUAGAGAUUAAAUAAAGCAGCAAAUGUUGAAUUAAUAUAAUAGAUUUAUGAAUGCGACUCGCAUUUAGCCAAUUUAAUUAGCUAAGUGUUGAGUCUUACUGUAAAUGAUAUUAAAGCCAAUACGAUUAGAGAAGACUUAACACUAGCAAAGUCAAUUAAGAAAUUUGUCUAUAAACUAAUUAGCUUAUAUUUAGAAUAGGAAUAACUCUAAGCUCAAAUUUAAAAUGAGGAUUAAAUAUAAGAAUAUUAUUCCUAGGCAUUGAUAAUACUGAUUGAUGAUAUGUAAGAUUCUGAUGAUGGAUCAUUAUAUCUGUUGAAAUCCAUUCUCAAAAACUUUAAAAAUAUUUUAGUUGUUGGUUGUAUUAGGAAUUAAUUUAAGGAGUUUUCCUUUUUUGAUAACAAUAAUCAUAAAUCUGAAUGCCAAUCUGAAUUCUUAAGCAAAAUGAUUGCAAAACAAACAAAUAAACUUACAAUUAAUUUGAAAGGACUCAAGUAGGAUGAUUAGUUGUCAGAAUUAUUUGAAAAACAUUUCAAAAUCAAAUCUUUUAUUUGCAUGGAAGAGGAUUAGAAAAAUCAAGAAUAAACUAUGUUUGCACGUAGAAAAAGAACAUCAUCUAUAGAUGAUAUUUAUGAAAUGGUGGAAAUACUCAAAAAGAUAAGAGAUCCAUUGAUGUUUUGGGAGUCAAAACCUGAAUUAGAGGAAAUGGAUUUUAAUUCUCUAUGCAUCAAUUAUUUGUAUGUGAGAACUUGUGGUCAUCCAUUGAAAAUGAUCUAUUUAAUGAAACAUUUAUUGGACAAUCAUUACAUAAUUCUAGAUGAGUAAAGAAACUUAGGAAUGGCCUCAAAAAAGUUUCGCCAACUCAUCAAACAUGAAGAAUGGUUAGAUGUUGAUGCGCCAUUGAUGACUGUCUAAAUAAAUGGUCCUUACAUUGAUAAGCUCACUGCAGUGCAGCAAUUAAUCUUAAAGUAAGCUUGCGUAAUCGGAGAUAUAUUCGAUAUCUAAACUUUAAAUUAUGUGAAUCCGUUUAAAGAUUUUAUUAGACAAAAGCCUUUAAUAAAUGAAUUAAACGCUCUGUAUGAAUUAGGGAUAUUGGAUAUAAUGAACAUGGAGAUUGAAAAUAUUUAUUAUAGAUUUUCGUAUUCAUUUUUUAGAGAGACAAUCUAUUAGAGAAUGACUUAUGCAUAAAGAAGACAGGCCCAUAAAAAUGUAGCUUUGGCAUUGCAGAAGAUACCCCAACCAUUUGAUUAUCAUAACAACAAAGAGUAUACUCGAAUGCAAUAUCAUUGGACCUAGGCGUAAAAUAGAAAUUCAGUUAUUAUAGAUGAAGGUACUUUACUACCUAGAUUGACUCUUUUCGAAAAGAAAUAAUUGAUAAUAAAAAAGAUAAAAUAGAUACUAGAUUAAAAUAGAAGAAAUGUUCUAUUGAAAUCUGGAUACAUUAAUAAAAGAUCUGAGAAGGGUUUAUAAUGGAACUGGCGAUUUUGUGUGAUUUCAAGCGAAUAUUUAAUAGUUUCUUAAGAGGAUGAUAAUCCUGAACAUAUUUUAACUAUUUAUUUGAAACACAUUCAACUGAUUGAGAGAGAGUUUAAUAGUGAAUAUUUUGCUUUAACUAUCACCACUUCUUAAUGGAGUAGAGGAAAGCAAGUAUUUGAGAAUUAUAGGAAAGUUUACUUUGCUCUUGAAACUGAAGAUGAAUUGAAUGAAUGGAUUACAUAUUUAGAAUUUGCUAAAGCUUAUGCAAUCUAUAUGGAUUUUGUAAAUAAUUUCGGUAGAAUCUAAUUUCCAUUGUCAUCAAAUGAAUAUGAUUUUCAAUUAGAAAGCGAAUUACAACGUGAUAAUAGAAGAAUAGCAAGAUUAGGCUUGAUAGAUACUAAUAUUGGAUUCGAGAAAAUUUAAGUUAGACACACUAAAGCAACAACAAGCAGAGCUACCAUGUAGAGAAAGCAUAAGCCAAGAAAGUCGAGUUUGUUUGCUGAAGGAUAUAGAGGGAGUACUUCAAGUUCUUAAUAGAAUACUUCCUUAUGUAAAUAAAUUAUAUAAUUGAUUUAGAACAGCAGAAAGGAUAAGAUUUAUCAGAAUUAAAAUUGA